UCAAAGUGUAAAUGGAUACAUGACACAGUUGCUUGGAGGAAGGCUAGUACCGUCGGGGGGAAACCUUUUACCGUCCACGGCUUCUUAAACCGCCGCAGUUUCACAUUGCGUCGAGCGACGAGGUGGCCGCGAUGGAGGCGGUGCCCCGGAUGCCGAUGAUCUGGCUGGACCUGAAGGAGGCUGGGGACUUCCAGUUCAGCCCGGGCGUGAGGCAGUUCAUCCUGAAAAACUAUGGGGAGAAUCCGGACAACUACAACGAACAGCUGAAGAAACUUGAGAGUCUCCGGCAGGGCGCAGUGAAUGUUACGAGAGAUUUCGAGGGAUGCAGCACUCUGAGGAAAUACUUCGGACAGCUGCAUUACCUCCAGAGCAGAGUUCCCAUGGGAGCAGGCCAGGAGGCCGCAGUGCCAAUCUCAUGGACCGAAAUUUUCUCUGGAAAAACAGUCACCCAUGAUGAUAUCAGCUAUGAGCAGGCCUGCAUCCUCUACAACCUCGGGGCCCUGCACUCCAUGCUGGGAGCCAUGGACAACAGGGUGUCUGAGGAGGGGAUGAAGGUGUCGUGCACACACUUCCAGUGCUCGGCAGGGGCUUUCUCCUACCUGAGGGACCAUUUCAGCCACAACUUCAGCGUAGACAUGAGCCACCAGAUUCUUAACCUCAACAUCAACCUCAUGCUGGGCCAGGCUCAGGAGUGUCUUCUGGAGAAGUCCAUGUUGGACAACAGGAAGAGCUUUCUGGUUGCGCGCAUCAGUGCCCAGGUGGUAGAUUACUACAAAGAUGCCUGCAGAGCUCUGGAGAAUUCUGAAACAGCCUCCAUGCUGGGAAAGAUCCAGAAAGACUGGAAAAAACUGGUUCAGAUGAAGAUUUAUUACUUUGCUUCUAUCGCACAUCUUCAUAUGGGCAAACAAGCAGAGGAGCAGCAGAAGUACGGAGAACGGUUGGCGUACCUGCAGAGCUCCCUGGACAAACUCAGUGAAGCAAUCAAGCUAGCGAAGGGUCAACCUGAUAGCGUGCAAGAGGCCCUGAGAUUCACCAUGGAUGUAAUUGGGGGAAAGUUUAAUUCGGCCAAAAAGGACAACGACUUCAUCUAUCACGAGACGGUUCCCUCCCUUGAGACUUUAGCAUCAGUCAAAGGAGCGCCGCUGGUUAAAGCUCUGCCAGUGAAUCCUACCGACCCCAGUGUCACUGGACCGGACCUGUUUGCCAAACUGGUGCCCAUGGCUGCUCACGAGGCCUCGUCCCUGUACAGUGAGGAGAAAGCCAAACUGCUGAGGGAUGUCAUGGCCAAGAUCGACGGCAAGAACGAAACCCUAGAACAGUUCAUGGACUCUCUAGGUUUGGACCCAGAGUCUGUGGACAACCUGGACAUCUACAACCACAUUCCCCCGGUCCUGAUGGAGAAGUGUGCUGCUCUCAGCGUCCGGCCAGACACCGUCAAGAGCCUCAUUCAAUCCAUGCAAGUGCUCUCAGGUGUCUUCACUGAUGUGGAGUCUUCACUCAAAGAGAUCAAAGACGUCCUAGAGGCAGACGAAGCGGGCGAGAGAGCCCUCAAGGAUGUCGGCGGCCCCGCUGCAGGCGAAGUGCAUCCACCAGCGCAGAACACGGGUCUGGCGGAGAUCCGCAGGGACUUGGAGAAGUACAUGGAGGCCCACGAGAAGGCCAGUUUCACCAACACGGAGCUCCACCGGGCUAUGAACCUGCACAUCAGCAACCUGCGCUUGCUGGGGGGUCCUCUGGAGAGUCUGAGAGACGCCCUGCCGCGGCCGCAGCUCAGCGAAGAGGAGGUGGCAGGGCUGCAGUGCAUGAAGCGGAUCCUGGGGAAGGUUCAGGAGAUGAGGGAGCAGAGAGGAUCUUUGGAGAAACAGCUCCGUGACCUCAUCCAGCAGGACGACAUCACCUCCACGCUGGUCACCACCGAGAGGGGGGACAUGAAGUGCAUAUUUGAGGAGCAGCUGAAGAAGUACGAGCAAGUGAAGGUCUACAUUGACCAGAACCUGGCAGCACAGGAGAACAUCUUGAAGGCCCUGACGGAGGCCAACGUUCAGUACGCCUUCGUUCGUAAGAGCCUGAGCCAGACGGAGCAGCAGUUUAACGGCACCGUCCAGGGACUGGUGGGCUCUUACGAGGCGUACGAGGACCUCAUGAAGAAGUCGCAGGAGGGAAAGGAGUUCUACGACGACCUGGAAGCCAAAGCAUCACGUCUGCUGGAGAAGGCAAAGACGGUGUGCCAGACCAGAGCGGUGGAGAGAAAUCCUAUCUUGGAAAAAGACACACAAAAGAAGCCCCCGGCACGGCCCACAGCAGCGAAGCCCUCGCUGAAGCCGAAAGACGUGGACCCCUCUAUGAUGGACGACCCGGAGCUGGCCCAGCUCAGCGCAGCCAUCCUGGCCCUGGGGGGCGACCUGCCGGAGGAGCUGCGCAGCCUCCCCUGUGACAUUCCAACCCUCCCCAAUGCCGCGGGGCGUUUCCCUGGACCCGAAGCCUUCAUUCCCCCCGGUGCCAAAGCGGGCGGCAGCUCCUCGCUGCCCUGGCCGGGUCACCCGGGUCACCCGGGCCACCCAGCCCCCGGUCUCCCUCAUUUCCCCGCUAACCUGCCGCCCCCAGAGCUCCUGGCUCGGAUCGCUCAGUUCCCCACGUCAGGACCGGUUCCUCAGAUGGCUCCGCAGAGACUUCCUCAGAUCCCCGCCCAGCCUGGUUACCGGCCGCCCCCCCCUCAGCCCGGGGUGGUUGCUCCCGCCCCGGUCCGGCCCUCCACCACCACCGUGGACAGUAUCCAGGCUCCCAUCCCCAGCUACAACCCGGCCCCCCAUCACGCCGCCCCGCCCGCUGCCCCAGCCGGCUACACCAUGCCCCAGAUGGGGGCGUACCCCCACAUGAUGCCCCAGCCGGGGCUCCCCAUCCACCGCCCAGUGCAGGUACCGGCCGCUCAGCCGCAGCAGCAGAAGCACCUGCAGCAGUUCCCCCACCCCGUCAGGCAGCCCCUCCCCCAGGGGUACCAGCCGGGACCCAGACCCGUCCCCGGCCCUAAUCCCGCCCUCCCAACACACCAGAUGUACGCUCACGGAUACCUGCCCCCCCAGUACCAGCAGCCGUUCCAGCCGCACCAACAGAACGGUUUCCAGCCCCAGCUCCAGUUCCCCCAGGGCUACCAGACCCCGCAGGGCUUCGUGCCCCAGCAGCAGCACCCCCAGAUGAUGCCGGGCUCCCUGCCCCGGCCCCCCCAGGUACAGAUGCCCCCCCAGAACGCACAGCCGGCCCCCGUUUCUUCCCAGCCGGCACCUGCUGUCCCUCAGCCGUAUCUGCCCCAUCCCAACCAGCACGGGCCCCCCGGACUCCCCCGGCAUCAGGUGAUGCAACCGCCGCAGCAAAUCCAAGUGCCUCCCAACGCCCAGCCGGGUCUGCCACACCCCCAGAUGCAGAUACCCGGGGGCCCCGGGGGUCCCGGGGGUCCCAGGGCACAGAUGCCCCCCAUGCCCCCGAUGCCCCCCGUCUCCCAGACCUACAUCCCCCCCAGCAGCCAGAACAUCCACCCGGGCCUGCAUCCUCAGAUGCCGCACAUGCCCACUGGCCCUCAGGUGCACCUGCAGAGGGGGCCCAUGCCCCCCAUGUCCCCCAUGCCCCCCAUGGCCCCUGGUGGGCUCCCCCCCCAGCACAGCUCCCUGCCCGGGCAGCCCCCGAUACCAAACAUGCCCCAGCAGCCCCUGCAGAUGCACGGCCAGCCCCCGCCUCACCCUGCUCACUCCGGGGGGGUGUGUUAUCCUGCAGGAGGCCCCAUGAUGGCGGCGCAGCAGCCCCUGACCCCCCAGCCCCCGCCGGCCCCACAGCCCCCUCUCCCCAUGGCUCACCCGCAGCCCUCCCUGUACCCGUCAGGGACUAACCUACCUCCGGGGGCCUCGCCGCAGCCCCCCGUCAUCAGUCCACCCACCCAGCCGUUGAUCCAGCCCCCGCCCGGAGGCCCCGCCGCCGCCGUGCAGCCGCCCAACGCCGUCCCCCCUUCCCCUUCGCCGUCGCCCUCCCCGUCCGCCUCCCCGGGCCCUGCGUCCCUGGGCCUGAGGCCGACCCCGGCCCCCACCCCCGGGAGCCCCGCCCCGCCCGCUCCCUCCCCCUCCCCGUCUCCCUCCACCUCCCUGUUCCAGCGGCAGAACUCCAGCACAGACGACCUGCUCUCCUCCAGCCCGGAGAGCCAGCCCGGGGGCCCCAAGGCCCCCACCAACGUGCUGCAGCCCACCAAGGCCGACCCCCAGGACGGGGAGCGGCGGAGGAAGAGCUCCCAGGGGGUCCUGCUCAUCCAGGGGGACCCGUACCAGGCGCCGGAGCGCGUGGCCCGUCUCCACGGGGAGCUGGAGCAGUACAGGUCCCAGGUGGACUCCCUGGAGCUGCCGGCGGAGAGCGAGGGCGGGCUGUCGGUGCUGGACGCCCGCUGGAAGGAGCUGCAGGAGCAGCAGGAGAAGGACGCCCGGCAGCUCUCCAUCGCCAUCGCCCGCUGCUACAGCAUGAAGAACCGGCACCAGGACGUCAUGCCGUACGACUUCAACCGCGUGGUGCUGCAGUCGGGGAAGGACGACUACGUCAACGCCAGCUACGUGGAGGACUUGUCCCCGUACUGCCCGCGGCUCAUCGCCACGCAGGCGCCGCUCACCGGCACGGCAGCAGACUUCUGGCUGAUGGUGUACGAGCAGAAGGUCUCGCUCAUCGUCAUGCUGGUGUCGGAGCAGGAACUGGACAAGGGGAAGGUUCUGCGCUACUUCCCGACGGAGCGCGGCCAGCAGGUCUCGCAGGGACAGAUCACGCUCAGCCUGACCACGCAGAAGAGCGCGCCCACCCACGUGGAGCGCAUGAUCAGCCUGCAGUACCGCGACCAGAGUCUCAAGCGGACCGUUGUCCAUCUCCAGUUCACGUCAUGGCCAGAGUUGGGUCUUCCUGAGAGCAAGAGCAACCUGCUGCGAUUCAUCCAGGAGGUGCACGGCCACUACCUGCACCAGAGGCCCCUGCACACUCCGGUCGUGGUGCACUGCAGUUCUGGUGUUGGGCGCACCGGCGCCUUCUGUCUGCUGUACGCGGCUCUGCAGGAGCUGGAGGCAGGAAACGGGAUCCCAGACCUGCUGCUACUGGUGAAGAAGAUGAGACAACAGAGGAAGAACAUGCUACAGGAGAAGCUCCACCUGAAGUUCUGCUAUGAAUCCGUGUUAAAGCACGCCGAGCAGGUUCUUCAGCGCCACGGCAUCACGACGGCUUCUUACAGCAAGAACACCAACUCUGCAGCCACAAAGCCUUACUCAAGACAAGAGUCCCAACAUGACAUUGUCCUCGGGGGCGACAUGCCCAUCAGCUCCAUUCAAGCCACCAUCGCCAAGCUCAGCAUCCGGCCCCCCAGCGACCCGGGCGCGGAGGCCGGGGCCCCCUGUGGCCCGGAGGAGGAACAGGUUCGAACCAUCUUACCAGGCCUCCACGCCAUGGGAGACAUGCAAUUGUUACAGGACCCCUGUCUCCCCACAGAUUGCCAGCCCCCUUCCUCCCUGAGCCCGCCGCUCACCUCCCCUCCUCAGUCUCCUCCGCCGCCCAACGGCCUGGACGGGCCGUCCCCCGCCACUCCACCGGCCCCGAGCCCCCAGCCCGCCGCCGAGGCCCCGCCCAGCGUCAGCCCGCCUCCCCCCGCGCCCUCGUCCCUGGAGCUCCUGGCCGCUCUGGCCCCCGAGGCCUUUUCCAUGGACGGAGGAGGCCGAGGGAAGCAGCGGUUCACCAAGCAGAGCUUCCUGCAGCCCGCCGAGGGUCAGGGUAUCCACGGGACGCGGGGAGACGAAGAGGACGACCCGCUCAGUAGCCUGGACCCGCUCUGGAGCCUCAACAAGAACUGAGCCUUCUCUCCCCCUUUUGUACCACCAGGUGUCAGCAAAAAGCCAGUAACACAGCGAUCCUGCUUUUUAAGGUGGAAAGACAGACAGACUCCCGGGAGCGUUGGUGACUUUUCCGUGGUGUUGCUCACCGAGAUGUGCCUGUUGGCAGAUGGUAACCGAGUGAUCCCUGAAACUAAAAACACACUUGCAUCUCUUUCCAUCGCCGCCGGCUUCAGGGCCCUGAUCACUAUGCACUCGUCUGUAUCUCUUCGUUCCUUCUGUUGGCUGCUUUUUCUUUAUAUGUUGGUGGUUGGAAGCACUUGUUCACUUCCAGCACUAGAUCUGGGACACCUUAAAAACAAACAGAAAAAAACAAACCAAUCCCAGCAUGCACUCCUCUCUCACAGCCCCACUACAGGUGUGUGUAAAAGCAUCAUACGGCUCUUCUUCACAGUUCCAUGUUUGAUUUUAGCGACUAGAAUGAUUGAUAUUCGGAGGUUCACGCUGGCCAGAUGAACUGGGUUUAGGACACUUUUCCACGUCGGUGCGUAAAUAUAUCUCAGUCAUACUGGCAGCACAUAACAGCAAACUAGCACGUUUUAACAGUGAUUUCUUUUGUUCAAUGUAAAUAUCUUAAAUAAAGUUAGGCUAUUCAAAAACAGUUGUUCCCUUUGGGGGAAGACAGAACUAAUCAAUCAUUCAUUGUUGUAAAAAUAUCAAUAAAUUCAGUAGACAAAAACUGCUGUAUCAAAGCCUCUUUAUUUGAAAAUUAGUACAAAGUUGUCUUUUACUUUUUCAUUUUGUUACAAAACAGUAAAUAAGUUACUUCCAUCACUACAGCCUGACGAGACUGUGGUCAGCCAGAAAAGCAGUCAAGAG